CCCAUUUAGACUUAUUCAUCUCUCAUGAAAUCCUCAGUUUUCUGCAGUUUCCAAACAACAUUCACUUUCUGUAGGUUAUACUGGUGCACAAUAAACUCCUCAGAUUGGACCAAGGUCAUCAAUACAGUGCAGGGCAUUACUUUGAAUCCAAUCACUUAUGGCUAUGUCUCCGGCCUGUCUAGGGCUCCAAGAUCUCUGUUUUAUUAUGUUGCUCAUCUUUUUCGGUGCUGACUGCCACAAACUGCACCAAGAUCAACUUUGCAAGUCUACUUGCCCUGUUGUGCAGAAAGGUCAAAGGCACACAUAUAGAUACAGUACAACCAUAGCAAGUGCCUGGAAAGGUCCUUCAUCAGGAGGCAGUCAGUUAGCUUUGGACUGUGUUGUUGACAUUGAUGUUCGACCAGGAUGUCCAGAAAUUAUAUUAAAGCUAAGGAACGUACAAAUAAAGCACAGCUCAUCAAAAAGAGACAAUUCGGUGCUACGCUUGAAGAGCAUAAGAGAGUCAUUGGAGAAGAAUCCCCUGCGGUUCUGGCUCGAGGGGGGAAAGGUCACAAAGCUCUGCUCACAGGAGGCUGAGCAGGUGUGGACCCUCAACAUCAAGAGGUCCAUUCUGAGCAUGUUCCAGACCUCUCACUCUGGACGAGCCAGAGAGACAGUGAGAGAGACUGAUGUGUAUGGGACAUGUAUGAGUUCUUAUGAACAGAGAGGACCAUCAAUGGUGAAGAGCCGAAACCUCCAGCAGUGCCUCAGUGACAGAAUCGAUCAGUUUUGGAGGCACUCUGUCCCCCUGAAGGAGGGCAUGACAUUGAGCGCCGGCCUCGCAUGCAUCCAGCUCUAUGAUGGAACAAUGCUGAAGAAGGUCAACUGUACAGAAACAGUGUCGCUGGUUCCCCUGCCAGGUCUGUUAGAAGCAACGGAAACUAAAACCGUUUCAAGCCUAACUCUCCUCAGAACGCUUGAAGUCAUUCCAAUGGAUCUGGGGCAGAACACCGGUUACUUGAGCAGUGUUGUGUUUGAGGCUGAAGGCCAAAACUCAGGCAGACACGGUGGACCAUCGGUUCAAGAGGUUUCCAACACAGUGAGGAGACUGUGUGCUCAUCUCGCAGAUCAACAACAGCAAUCAGAGCUUCUACUGAAUCUGGUGCUUCAGUUGAGAACCUUGUCAUCCCAUCAGUUGAGAGACCUGUGGCAGGAAGCCUCCUUCAAAUGUCGAGACGACUGGCAGCCUCUUGUAGAUGCACUGUCAGCCUGUGGAACUGAGGAUUGCAUCCUUGUCACUACAAACCUCAUAAUCAACAAAGAAGUUGACCAGGAACAUGUUCUACCUCUCCUCAAUACUAUCAGUUUUGCCUCCCACCCUACCUCAUCCAUGAUUAGCCACCUCAGUGCUUUGCUGCAAAUACCUCUUAUCUGUCCAAAAGCUCUACUGGUUGUGUCUUCACUGGUCCAAGGUCUUUGUCAACAGGAACAGGGUCCAUGUAAUGAUAUCUCUGAAGUCCAACAGUUCGUCCAUGUUCUGAAGCAGAGUCUUGAUGCAGGAUGUGAAGUGGACAAUCAUUUGCAGAUCACAGAGCUGCUGCAUGUGUUAAAAGCAGUGGAGAAUGCAGGAGCGGCUGUAUCAGAUCUCAUCCCCACGUUGAGCCGCUGUGUGCAGAAUCAGUCUGUGGUGCUGGAGCUUCGGCUGGCGGCUGUACGAGCAUUCAGGAGAAUCCCAUGCCAUCAUGACAGGACAGCUCUUGCUCAGGCAUUUCAAAGCCAGCAGGAGAAUGUGGAGGUCAGAAUCGCAGCAUAUCAGCAGCUCAUGACCUGUCCAAACCAGGAGAUUUUCACAAUUGUGAAGACAACCUUGAGCAAUGAGAAGUCUAGUCAAGUUGGGUCAUUUGUUUGGAGUCACCUUUUCAAUAUCCAGAAAACAGAAGAUCCUCUGAAAAAAGACCUAAUGGAGUCACUGCCAGAUGAUAUCUUAAGUAAAGACUUUGAAGCUGAAACAUGGAAAUAUUCUUCACAUAUGGACUACACAGUGGACACAGGAGUGGCUGCUGCUAACAUCGAGGGAGCUGUAGUUUUCUCCCCUGAAUCUUUUCUUCCACGUUAUGCUAUGGCGAAUCUGACAGUUCACAUCCUAGGCAGAGCAUUCAAUCUUCUAGAGAUUAGCCUAAGAAUGGAAAACCUAGAGCCUUUUCUGAAGAAAAUCUUUGAGGAGCAUCCUCUAGCAUCUGCUGAUCACUCCAGACCUAGCAGUCAAACAGACUCUAUGAGGAAUGAACAGAAAGGACGAAACAGGGACGAGAAACAAGGAGGCAGUGAUGGCUGCCAGUCCACAGGUUUAAGUUCCAUCAAGACUAAGUUCACAGAGCAGAGGAAAAGAGACAGUAGCCUCCGAUGUUGGAUGAAUGUGAAGAUGUUCGGCAACGACCUUGCCUUUAUGAGCUGUGAUGACCUCCAUGCGUAUCAGAGAAAGCUAUCACUUAGUACAGCUGGUGUUGUUGUCAAGUUGUUAAAGGGUCAAGAGAUUAAAAUCAGCCAAAGGCCAAUUGUUCUGGCAGAGGAACUGGUUUUACCAUCUCUCUCUGGAUUACCCAUGAGGCUAAGCAUCAACAUGUCCGCUCUGUUCUCCCUCAGACUUAAAGGCAUCGCUAACUACAAGAAUUGGUCACACUUCUCACUGGCUGGCUAUGUCAAACCAAAUGCACUGGUUGCCAUCUCUGUGAGAGCUGGAGUGGAUGGAGCGUUUGGUCGUGUGGGAUUAGAGUGGGUCUCUCAACUCAAAACCUUCACCAGUUUGGAUGGAGCUGUAUUUCUACACCAUGGGCAGAGCCUGAAGGUGGUUCUCAAUACUCCAGAAGAUGUCAUGGAUGUACUGACCUUCAACUCCAGAAUGUUUCAUGUGAGCGGGGACAGUAAGGAGGAGCUCAUAGCUACGAGAAAUCUCAAGGAGAAGAGCACUUGCACUCCUAAAACAUGGUCUAAGAUGGUUGGGUGGCAGUUGUGCUCUGAUGUCACUUAUCCUUUGACACUGAUGGGAAAAAGCUUUCCACCACUGGGCCCAGUUCUUUUUACUCUCAGACUCCAAAAACUUGACAAAGGUCUCAAUCAGUACCUCUUGGAGGCAGCCUAUACUUUUGUACCCCAGAGGAAUUCCUGGACGCCGCUGGAAGCCACUCUGCUUCUCUUUCUUGGCACACCGCAAUCCACUAUCCCCAGAGACAUGUCCCUGGAUGUCAAUCUCAGUCCAAAAAGGCUGAUUCUGAAAAUAACACAUCCUCUAAAAAACAUUCUUAUUCAAGCGCAGAUUGAAGAAUUAAACAACCAACAUUCAGGCAGAAUCGAACUACUGAUAGACAACAUCCACCAUUAUUUUAUCAAGGGAUUACUGGAGACAGUGAAUCUUCCUUCAGAGACGAGAGCCCACUUUCAUCUUGAUGCCAAAGUAGUAGCAGAUGGGCAUCCAUUCUCCCUCUCAGUCAACACCACACAUGCUCGCAGCAGGAGGUUCAUAAUACAGGCUUUGCUUAAAAAUGUCUUCAAUAAAGAUGCAUCGCUCUCAGUGCAGUUGGAGAGAAGUCUGGAAGAUGGCCAGAGACAUUAUUCUAUAGAUGCCGGGUUUCUUUUGCCAAGCGCUGUCAGCAUCAGAGCUCUUGGGUUACUGAAGCAAAGGGGCCCAGAGUGGAGCUCUGCUGUGAGGGUCAGGUAUGGUGUACAAGAGGAUUCACAGAACAUGCAGGAGUGUCACAUGACCCAGAACCUCCACAGCGAGUCUGACCCAGUCCAGAUGUACCGUAUAACAGCAGCACAUAAACUGCACUGUUCCCAUUUCAUCAACAUAAACCACAAGAUUGAACUUAAACAUGAACGGAGCCCAUUCAACGUCCAGUCAUCACUUGAUGUAAGCUUUGGAAAGCAGUGGAACCAGAGCAGCAACAAACACAGGAUCCUCUUCAAUCAGUCGCUCAGAAACCAGUCUGGACCCGGCCUCACCAGUUAUUCUGUGGAGCUCAGCCUGCGACUUCUAGACAGGGGACUGAGUUACAGAACUCAACUUCUGCACUCUUAUUUCAAGAAGCAAAGAUCUGAGAGCAGCACCCACCUGAAAAUCAACUACAACAAUCAAAUGCCUCUGGUAGCUGGUGUCCACUGGAAGGACGUGUCAACAAAGACCUCCCUUCAAAAGUGGGAAGGUUCAUUCAACAUGGAUACUCCAUGGCUCUAUGUGUACAUAGUUCAAAAACUAACUCAGCCCCAGCGUGGCAUCACACAGUUCAGCUCUGAGAUCACCACAAGGAAACUGGUGAACAUCCGAAGUGUUACGCUGGAGGGUUUCUACAAGGAUAGAGGCAAAGAACGACAAGGCCAGCUACACCUUUUUACACCAACUGUCAGUUAUAUUAAGGUUGGUGGAUGGAACAUGUUGGGCAAGCGUGGAGUUAAAGCUUCAUACUCCAUCAGCACAGCCUGGACACCAGCGUUGCAUGGGCAAAUCUACAUAAUCAACGGCAAGCAAGUGAAGACUCUGGAAAUAAGUGCAGGCUAUGGCAAGCAGGACCUCAAUAUUUCCGCAGUUCUCAGUACUCUGGAUAAGAAGCUAAAGAAGAGGCUUUUGAUGAUGACAAUGACCCUGUCGGAUCUCAAAAACCCUUUUGCAGAGCUACAGAUGGAGGGUGCCAUAGAGGAGAUACGGAAGGAAAGGAAGGUUUAUCAGAAAAGAUGGAAGCUAAACUUCAGACAACCAUUCAAGUUUCUCCCUCAGAGUCUCAUCCUACAGGAGACAUUCACAAGUGAUCUACAUCAGAAAGUUUACACCUUGGAGUCAAAGGUUCUUGUCCAUGGAAACAAAAAGGGCAUUCACAUCCUUACUCUGGGUUUCCAGCCACAGCAGCCGUAUGUGUGCUCUUCAAUAGUCCAGUCUUUCAGCACUGAGAGAAUUCCCCAAGACUCAAAGAUCUGUGUUACUGUCCAAAACCACCAGACUGCUUGUGAAAUUCAGGGCAGGUUGUGGGUUGGAAAGGAUGAAAUACUUGCAGCCUUUGGUCAGGUACAACUUCAUGACCUAACUACAUCUCAGCAUGGUAUUACAAUGAAAGCCAACCUGUCCCAGCUGUUUCAGACGGAUUUCCCGACCUCUGUCAGCCUAGAUAUUGAGGUGCUCAGAAGUCACAGGAACAACAGCGAGUUCGAAUAUCAUUCUGAAAGCAAAGUAGCCAUUGAUGACAAGAAUUACCAUGCUAAUGCAGCAGUAAUAGUAUCUCCUCUUGGAAACAUUGGCAGUUCUGUCAAUCUGAAGGCAAAUGAAAAAAAUGUAACACUUCACUUUAAUCUAAACAACAAGAUGGCAAAGGGCAUUAAUACUGUGUGCGUCCAUGCUGGCUUUCAUCAGACCUUAUUCCCAGGGGUCACUUCUGAUGGUCAGAUUCAUUUAGCUGCUAAUACUUCUUCAGAAAGUCUUUUCUUGCAGUGUACAGUAAAAAAGAAAGAAGAAACAUUUAGUGCUCACUUAAGUGGAACUCUACCGCAUGAUCAAGAAUCGCAGCUAUCUCUUUCAGCAGAUAUUUUCAAUUCAAUACAAGAUCUCGCUGCUUUACCUAAUUCAGCUAGUCUGGUUGGAGUACUAACCCAGUCAAAGGGUCUAACUGAAGGAGAGCUGACUGUAGUAGUGGAUGAUGCUGUAUAUGGACUGGAAGUGACUCGUCAGCAUGAGAGGAAGUCUGGAGAAGAUCUUAGUGCUUUACUAUGUCUAGUUGCUAUGGAAGAGUCACUGUGUGUAAACAUCAGCAGUAAUGUAACACAUUGCGGGUGCAGAAGUCUUCAUGCCCAGCUGUCUCACUCUAUCCCUUGGCUCCGUUCUGCAGGGCUUCCGUUGAACAGAAGCGCAGGUGUGUAUGUGAACUGGAGUGACAGCAGUGUCUGUGCCCAACUGGAGCUGCAUGCAGGAGCCAGUGGCCUGACAGCCACGCUGGAGCAGAGUUCACCCCACACCACACAAACUACUGGACAAUCUCAGGUGAACUGCACAGAGGGGAUCGACACAGGCCACCUGCUGGGCGCCUGCUCUGGGCAAGACCAGGAAGACUCACUGAAGGUUGGAAUCAGAGCCAGUUUUUAUAACUCCCAGAGUUCAGCUUUCUCAUUUGAUCUUCAAGGUCACCACAAUACCUCCAGCACUGGACUACUGGUGAACAUUUCCCACAACAUAUCUGAUUUACAUCCAUACCUGCCGUUUGAGUUUCACUCAAAAUCACAGUUGAGCCACGCACACUCUUCAGUUAAAGGUACUGCAGAACUUCUGGUUGGCAUGAGCGGAUUGGCUUUUGAAGCAGAGAUCUCCAGUACAAACUCUGGCUUUAAACAAGUGCUGGUGUCCAAUCACUCAAUACCUCAGCUGCACUUAUUGCCCAGGAAUCUGACAGUGAGGACACGCUAUGAUGGAAAGAGAGGGUCACACACUCUCACACACCGAGCACAAUGGGAGAAUCAGGAUUUAACACAGACCGACUCCUCAGAUGAUGUCCCACACUUACAAAGUUAUCCAGAACUAACAGGAAAGGCUCAGGGUUGGGGCUUGGAUCUUAGGGUAGAGAAUGACACUCAAAGAAAACUAGCUGAUCUAAGUGUCGACUGGAUUCUGUUUGGACGCCAUGAUCAGGUCAGAGUUCAAGGCUCUUGGACUUUGGCCCGUUUUUCUUGGGAGCACGGAAAGCCUGUAAAUGUUUCUGUAACAGUGAGUGAGCACUGGCAUGAUGACUCCAGCAGAGGGCAGGCCUGUAUCUUUCUCUCACCAGGACAGAUACAGUCGUUGCUCCCCCUAGUGGAGAUGGAGGGAUGUGUUGCCGUGGCUCAGGAGGGGAAGGCCUACUCCCAAAACACAGAGCUCAAAUGGAAGGACAAGAGGAUAACACAAAGCAUGAAAUACCAGGGAGGAGUAAAAGGAAUGCACACGCUCCUCAUGGAGCUGGGGGCCCAAAACGUUUCUCCGUCUCCCUGUCCAUCUUACACUCUUCUGACCCAGAUUCACACCAACCUGAGGGACCGUCUUGAACACCAUGUCCAGAUCGGCCUUUGUCCGCCACAGCCUGCUUUAAUUUGGUCUGGAUCUCACAGAGUGAACUCAGGCAAGGAGCUGUUUCACACUCACACCCGUGUGUCUGUGUCCGGACACCCUCAGCACAACACCUUCACACUGUCACUCAGAAACAUCAGCAGCAGUCAGCGCUCCAACUACUCACUAAUCACAGAGUGGCAGGUAGGAAACUGGAGUGUGGAAUUGGCCUGCAGUUCCCUGUCUUCAGGCAGGAAUGUGGCAAUCCAGGUUCAUGCAAAACUAGACCGCAGUGAGAUGCUAUGGCUGCAGGGGGCGCUGGGAAAACACUGCCUUCGAGUUGCUGCUGGAUACAACAUGGAAACGUCUGAUGAUAUCAGAGCGGCGUUCUGUUUGGAGGGACAUCGCUGGUUUACCCUGGAGGCUCAGCGAGGCGGUCAGGGCAUUGAGAAUGAGACCCUUACCCUUAUUUCUGUUGGAGCAGCCAAUCAGAGUCUGCUUUUUCAAGCUAAGGGAUGCAGUGAAUGCCUGUGGGCCACGGAGGCACGCCUCCAGCAGCUGGGGUACCGGAUAAGGAGUAAACUGUUGGACAGAGUUCAGAGACUUCAGCAUCUACUCUUAACAUUCAGAAGACAGGCAGGGGACAGUAUGUUCCUGUUGGAGUUGAGUGAGGGGCCGCUGUCUCUGACCCAGCGAGCCGAGACUCUGCUGCUGCAGAGAGCAGGAGCGCUGUGGAAAGCGUGGACCACUGGCCCGCUCCGACACACGCUCACACACAGCCUUCCGCAUACGCUUCAUGUCCUAAAUCUCAUAUCUCAACAGGUCCAACAAGAACUCAGGAAACCCCUGGCCACUCUAGCUGGAGCGUACCACGAUGUGACAGGGGUGCGUUUGGACACCGCGUGGCAGCAAGGAGUGCAGCUGUGGACCAGAGAGCUGACUGAGCUUUUGCCUGCAAUACUUCACGAUCCUCACCUGAGGGCACCGUCGCUGACCACAUUGCAUGUUGCCAUCUUUGCAAUGGACAUGGUGAGCCAGCAGACCUUUCAGUGGAUGGAAGCCCGAUUGGCUGCCAUGCUAGUGGGUAUCAGAAGACAGCUUGCACUAAUGUACCAGUUCUCUAAAAGUGAGGGUGAGGUGAUUUUUAGGGUGCCACUUCCUGUGGGCCCAUGGCUGAAGGUCAAGGAGGCAGGUGUGACUGAAGUUCUUCUGGAGGAGUUUGUCCUGAAGCCUCUACUGGCCUUGAACUCUUUGAGCCCUACUUCAGAACUCUACCGGCUGAAGAGGAAGAUAAUGGACAGUCCCGUUAACUAUCAGGCAUUUCUAGUGGCAGACGUCUAUUUGGUGUCAUUUGAUGGACAUCUGUUCAAACUCCCAGCUUCCUGUGACUUCAUUCUCGCAGGUGAUGUCUUCCAGCACACCUUUAGCAUUGCGCUGAAGUCCGACAGGUUCAAACAUCGCUCACUUGUGGUGCAAAUGCAAAACACAAAGAUUGCAAUUCACCCAAAUGGAGAGGUGGAGGUUAAUUGCCAUGUUGCGCAAAUACCAUACACUAAACGUGAAGUGGCUAUCAGAAAGGAUGUGAACUUAAUUGAGGUGUCCAAUGAGAGAGGACUUCGGGUAUCAUGUGACACUCAUCUAGAAGUUUGCAGUGUGAUCCUAGAUGGAUGGCUUCAUGGUGUGUCCGCUGGUCUUUUAGGAACCAAUGAUAAUGAGGCAGCUAAUGAGCUGCUUCUGCCAGAUGGCUCUCACACACACAGUGUGCUUCAGUUUACUCACAGCUGGCAGGUGGAUUCAGAAUGUGUCAGCGGGAAAGCUGAAAUCUGUCAGAAUGGCACUGCCGACUCCCUGUCAUGCACAUCACUGUUCUCCUCCACAAAUUCUCCUCUGAGCCCCUGUUUCAGAGUGGUGGAUCCUGUGCAGUUCAUGAUGAAGUGUGAAGGACUGGACUGUGCAUGUGAUGAGCAUGCAGAUGUUUCCAGACCAGCCUUUUGUGCAUUGACCUCUGCCUAUAUCCAUCUAUGCCAUAGAAACUAUGUUCCACUGGAGCUGCCAGUGCAGUGCGUGUAAGAGUGGCGUCUGGUCUACUGCAGUGAUGCUGGGACUCCAGUGAAGACAUGAGGUGUCAGCUGACCUGUUUGAAAAUGAACAGAGACGUGUACAAAAUCAUUACUAUUAGUAUCUUUAUUACUAAUACAAUUUUUUUUUUGUAAUAUGCAGCAUUUCAUGUAAGAACAUAAAUUGUUUUAUUAAUGAAAGAAAAUAAGUGUUACAAAUUCUAAAUGUAUUUGUAAAGUUAGAAAUUGGUACAUAAGUGUAAUUUAAUCUUUUUAUUGUUUUAUUGAAUCAUUUUUUUUUUUUUACAUAUUACAUGUUAGAUAACUGUGUUAAUUACUAGAGUACUAACAGUAACUAGCCUAUGUCUGAUUAUUACAAGCAGUUCCACAAAGUAUACACAAGCAUAUGUAGUUCUUUAGUAUUAUUGAGUACUUUUUACUGUACUUUGACCUUUGAAGGUAUUUUUGCCACAUUCAUUUCAAAACAGUUUUUCUAAAAAUAAAAAAAAUAAUCGGCAGUUAAAUAAAGAUGAAACAAUUUGCACACUACACAAUUUCACCGUGUGAUGGGUGUGCAUUUCAAAAAGUUGAAAUUUUAAUAUUAAAUAUCCUCCUGUGUAAGCUUAAAUGUGCAUUAGCUCUCUACGUUGUACUUGAUUCCCUGCCAAUA